CAUCCUAACAAAAAUAAGCUGCUAAUUCUCAAUAUUAAUCACAUCGCAGUGCGUUUAGAAUAUGGAUAAGAAUAAAUCGAAAAAGACAGAUGAUUGGAUAAAAGCCCAAAGUAAAAGUCGACCUGGCCGCUAUUAUAUGUUCAAUCGUUCAACUGGAGAAACUCGAUGGAUUUCAUGCGACAAAACUUCCGAGGCCAAUGACACCUCUCCCACAAAGAAGGAAAAAACUUUGGAAACACCACCUCCUAAACUACCAGACCCAAAGCCCUUGAAAACACCUGCCCAAGAUCGUCUCAAACGCCUGCAGCAUAACAUAAAACAUGAACAAGCUAAGAAACAGCAAACUAAAAACAUACGGCGUAAGUCCACCGAAGAGCAAGGAACAUCAAAAAAACGCACAGAUAUAAGCAAAGCUGAACAAGAAAAUGUGCAAAACGAACCAUCUAGUUGUGGCAGCAAACUUAAGACUUCCCAAACAAUUCGAGCAACCCGACAAUUUUUGUCCGGUUUAGUAUUACCUGCAGUUAAGGAGACCAAAAGGGAACUCAAGACAUCAACUUCCCCAACGAAAUGUAGCAGAGAUUUACCGCCCGCUAAAGUUACACGUCACCACAAGUCCACUGAGGCAAGUGAAACUAUCAAAAAAGAGCGGCAAAGACCUUCUACUAGUGAAGAAAAGGCAUCAAUUUCACCAAAAACCCCUCUUAAAACAUCACCAAGACAAGCCAGGAAGAGAAAACAUUCGCCAUCAUCCACAACAGCAAUAGAUAAGAGCGAUAAGAAAGAUGUUGAAGUUGCAACACCUUCCAAAGAUAACAACAACCGCUGUAAAGAAUCCUUGGACAAUACACCUAGGACUUCCUUACAUUCAACUACCCGCCUUUUAAAAAGUUCUGAAAUUACAACAAAACCAACACUAUACAAAACUGCCCAGACUGAGGAAAUAAAGAAGGGUGAUAGCGGAGUAACGCCUCGCAAAAAGCUUGAAAUAGAUUUGGAGACACAACCUUGUGCCUCGAAAAUUCGUAUGCCUAAGCUCGAAACCCCCUUAUAUGUCGUACAAGAAACAUGUGACAAAAAUUAUUCCAGCUUCGGUUUUAUAAGUAAAAUCAAAGAAUUCUGUAAAUUACCUUUCAGUUCCUACAAAUCACAAGAUAAGACCGACAACAAAAAUGGUAGCUUUUCCAUGUCUCUUCAUUCUCAUAACAAACAACAUAAAGAAGAAGGGAAAACGAAAGUAGCAAAUCAAGUGUUUGACACUCCGCAUAAUUCCUCUGUUUAUAGUACUCCAAAUACUAAUAUAUCUUCGUACCACUCAAACCCAGCAGUUUCUUCAACUCCCGUGCAGCGAACAUUGCAACUUUUUAGGGAGGAACAGAAAACAUUUUCAAAAGAAGGUAGUAGUGGCUUCAAUUUACCAACUAUUUCCUCGUCUUCUUCUUCUCCCAAUACACCCACCAAUUUGAACAUUCCGUCUUAUCAUAUAGGAUCCGCCAACUCCCGUUUAGAUCGUCUUAGACAAUCUCUUUUAGUACAACAAAACAAUGCAAAAAAUAAUACAUUUACUGAGAACGUCUCUUCAAACAUAAGCAACACUUCAUCAACUUUGAAUUCUUCGCAUUCAACACCACAUUUUAAUUGUUCCACUAACUCAGUUUUUCACACUGCCAAUAAUACCUUCAACGAUGAACCAGAAGCUAUGGAUUGGCAACCAAUAAUCAUGGAUGAAAGCAUUGACUUAUCCAGUAGCGAAUCUGGUCUCUCUAAAUUGCUCACACCUCACACAAACCUAGCAACAAAAUCAGUUGCUGAAACAAAGUCAACAACAAAUUCGCUUGCUAAAAAAUUACCUGAAACAAUGGGUGAAAUAUAUGAUGCUGUAAAUGAAAACCUUCUACGUAUGUCGGCCGAAAAGAAAAAUCAUUCUUCUCGUAACAACAACAAGUGGCGAAAGGAUUUCUAUUAUUUUGUGGUGGAUACGAAUGUUCUACUGGAUCAUUUGACAUUUAUAGAAGACUUGACAAAAUUCAAGCUUUGUGACACCCAAGGCAGUAUGUUGUACAUACCAUAUAGUGUUCUGCAAGAAUUGGAUAAAUUGAAAAUGCGUUCUGGUCAUCAAGAGGGUGUUAAAACAUUAGCAGUGCGUGCCAUUAAAUAUUUGAACAAAAAACUUGAGAAUGACUCACAACAUGUUUUAGCUCAAACCGCUGUAGAGGAACGAGACCACUAUAUCGAAGUCAAUUCGGCUGAUGAUAGUAUCAUCAAUUGUUGUUUGCAGGCCAAAACACAUGUACCAAAUAUACUCCUGCUAACCGAAGAUGUAAAUUUACGUAGCAAAGCCAUUUGUAACAACAUUUUGGUAUCGACAAAAUCUGAUUUGGUAUCAAAACGUUACGACAAAGGUUCAUCAGCGUCCAUAAACAUAUCUUGAUUUCAAUGGUGGAAAAUUUUGGAUUUGCGAAAUUAUAAAUUUCGUUGAGAUUCAAAAAAUUUUCCAAAAAACCCCAACAUUAUUUAAAGAAAUCCUGUAAAUUACACUUAUGUAUCUAUACAAAAUAUCUUAUUUACCUAAGGUAAAUAAGAUAUUUUGUAUACCUUUAUUAUAUGUACUCAUAUGUGUAGAUAAUGACCCUGUACAUUUGUAAAUCCCUAACAUUAGCGACUUUCAAUUUGUGAUAAACAGAAAAAAAAUCAAACAAACUUCAACUUUUUGUAUACCAAAGUAAAAUCGAUUUA